AUGGCUAGGAAGGUGGAUCCCAGGCUCACGUUCAGCGAGCAGUACCAGCUGGCUGAAGACCUGGGCAAGGGUGCUUUCAGUGUGGUGAAGAAAGCAGUGCACAAAACGACCAACGCAGAGUUUGCUGCAAAGAUCUUCAACACACGCCGCCUUACUGCCAGAGAUCUGCAGAAGCUGGAGAGGGAGGCCAGGAUAUGUCGAAUGCUCAAACACCCCAACAUUGUUCAGCUACACCAUGUCUUUCAGGAGAGCCACACUCGCUACAUGAUCUUUGACCUGAUCACAGGAGGAGAGCUAUUUGACGAUAUUGUGGCCAGAGAGUUCUACAGUGAGAAAGACGCCAGCCACUGUAUUCAGCAGGUACUGGAGAGUGUGGAGUACUGCCAUUCCCACGGCAUCAUACACAGAGACCUCAAGCCAGAGAACCUCCUACUAGCCAGCAAAGCAAAGGGAGCCUCUGUCAAGUUGGCAGAUUUUGGUCUGGCGGUGGAAGCCUUGGACUGCAAGCAUUACUAUGGAUUUGCAGGAACGCCGGGCUACCUAUCACCCGAGGUCCUUCGUAAAGACCCGUACACCUAUGGUGUGGAUGUGUGGGCAUGUGGAGUCAUUCUCUACAUACUCCUGGUGGGCUACCCUCCCUUCUGGGACGACGACCAGAGCAAGAUGUUUGAGCAGAUCAAGAGAGGGAAAUACUCUUACCCCAGUCCAGAGUGGGACAGUGUGACAAUGUCAGUCAAGGAACUCAUCAACUCAAUGCUGACUCUGAACCAGAACAGUAGAAUAACCGCCAAGGAGGCCCUCGACCACCCCUGGGUCAAGAACCGUGACAGGGUGGCAUCCACGAUGCACAGGCAGGAAACCAUCACGGGACUCAAGAAGUUCAACGCUCGCAGGAAGCUCAAGGCUGCCAUGCACACUGCCCUCAUCAUCACCAAGAAGUCCUCCUCUUUCUUUAGAGCUGCCACUGCUGCUGCCAAUACCAAGCCACCUAUCACCACAGCUCACGAGGACAACGAGCUGGACGCCAGUGCGGAAGAGAAGGAGAUCCUUGAUCUCACUGGUCGACUUCUCUCUGUCAUCGCUACCAAGGACAUCAAGGAAUACUCGAAGAUGUGUGCAGAGGAUGUGACGUGCAUUGAGCCAGAGACGUGUGGACAGCUGGUGUCGGGACUGGAGUUCCACAAGUUCUUCCUGGACAACAUGCCCAACUACACCUCCUACCAACAGUCCAUGCACAGCCCCAAGGUACACAUGUUAGGAGAGGGUGCAGCCUGCAUUGCCUACCAGAGGAUCGUACAGUGCUGCGAGAAGUGAGUACUGCCAUCUACUGUAUUCUGUGGAGUAUAGUAUAUAGCACCAUUGUAUAAUGCCUGGCUUUCAGGGAAGUUCACAUGAUUUCAACACAGAGAGAGAACUACCCAACAUGCGACAAUUUUCGUAGUCGUAAAACUCCAUUUCUAUAAUUAACCCUUGGAGCGACAUGCGUAGCUAGCCCGUGCCAGACUCUCCGCGAGCUAUGUACUAGCGGGAGAAACGUAUACCGAUAGCCCAGCCCAUCAAUUAGCGGUAUGGCGCAUGCGCAGUUCACCGAGGGUUUGCACUUUUCAUUAUAUCUGCAUUAUUCACUUACACCGCGCAAAACUGUCACUGCCCAAUUCUUGGUUUUGACAUCAUCGUCUUUAUAAUGUGUGACUUAAACUCCAGAUCAUAACAGUUAAUAAGGGAACAGAACAGAUACAGUGGAACCUCCAAAAAAGGGACACUAUGGGGCAAAUGAUUUUGUUCCUUGUAGAGAGGUCAUCUCAAA